GAAGUGGAUUUGUUUUGGCUGAGUUUGUAAGCAACAAGUCGCAACCCAUUGUGAACGACCUCUACGCGUCGCUGUUUCUAGAUCAUCGUCCCUGUGAAAUACACACAGAUCAAUAAUCAUCCUCUUGCAGAUAAACUCUUCAAUUCAUCGCGAUCAGAGCCAUGCAUCAAGGAGAUUACACCUCCGCUCCAUAUUAUCAAUUCCCCCACAUGCAAAACCCAAUCCCCAAUCCUACCCCUCCUCCAUCCGAUCCACUUCCGAACCACUACGCUUCCGCACCUCCCUUCACUCCCAACAAUAAUUACGAUUAUCCUUCUAACUAUUCUCCAUACCCUCCUCAUAAUAAUAAUAAUAAUAAUAAUAAUAAUAAUCCUGAUCCUGUCCCCUCUUCCUACCCUCCAUCCAACCCUAAUUUCAAUCCUCCCUUCGAAUCUAAUCCUCCUUAUCAACCACCGUCACAACCCUAUUAUCCACCCUAUGAUCAACAUCAAACGCCUCCAAAUUUCGCCCCUCCUCACUCCUCAAUUCCACCAAACCCUAACCCCAAUCCCAAUUCAUCGUUAUAUAAUUCGGCUCCGUAUAUUCAUGCCGCCUCUUCUGUUCCUCCGAUUCCAACCUACGAAAACCCAUACGAGAAUCCGGUGAAAUCCGAUUACGGUGGCGGUGCUUAUUUCGAUGAUAGGUAUGGAAGUUUUAAUCGUAGCCGUUCUGAUUUGGGAUCUGAAUUAUACGGUAAGCGGCACGAUGGUGGUUUGUCUAGGUAUGAAGGAGGGGGUGGUGGUGGUGGUGGUGAUGAAGGUUACGGAGAUGGGGUGUAUGCUUAUGAAGGUGGAAAAGUGGAACCGUAUGGGGCACGUGGUACGGCUCCGAAAUCUUCUACUUGGUCUUCGUCGCUAUCGUUCGAUGAUUUUGGGAGACCGAUUACUUUUUCGUCUCAGAAAGAGUCGUCAGUGCCAAGUAAGAUUGUGAAAGCUGUGCCAAAGGCUGAUGCGCAAGAUGAUGUGAAAAGUGGGGUGCAAAAGUUUCGAGUCAAGCUGUUGGCAGAGAGUGGUGGUCAGAGCACAAUGGAUGUUCUUUCCCAGGUUGGUUUGGAUGGAAUUCGCAUGCUAGAUCUAAAUACCAGUCGAACAUUGAGAAUAUAUCCUCUUGAGAACAUAACUAGAUGUGAUAGAUUCGAUUCAUCUACCUUCGCAUUUUGGUCGAAGAGCCCUGUUGACAUUGAACCAAGACGUAUCAGAUUGCAGUCUAAUAGUUACACUACAAACACACUUUUGGAUACCGUGACUGCUGCAAUCAUACAGUUCAAGGAAAUGGGUGGAAGCAGGAGGCCUGUUGAAUCAUUAAAAACAAAUGAACAGCCUACCGAAAGAAAGAAAGGCCUUGGUGAUUGGAUGAAUAUGAUUAAACCUGCCAAUGAAGAGAAAGAUCAUUGGGUCCCAGAUGAAGCGGUCUCAAAAUGUACAGCAUGUGGCACUGAUUUUGGGGCUUUUAUACGCAAGCAUCAUUGUAGGAACUGUGGUGACAUUUUCUGUGACAAAUGUACACAUGGUAGAAUUGCUCUCACCACUGAUGAGAAUGCUCAGCCAGUACGAGUUUGUGACCGAUGCAUGGCAGAAGUGACUCAAAGGUUGUCUAGUGCUAAAGAGUCAUCAAAUAAACCUCUGUUGCAAAGUCACGAGGAUCUUGCCCGGAAACUUCAGGAGGAGCUGGAGCGAAAUCGGAAGUCAUCAGGUUCCAAGUCUGAAGGAUCUGGAAGACGGAUGAAGGAAGUUGCAUGUCCUAUUUGCACUGUCCAUCUGCAGGUCCAGGUACCUAGCUCGGGUUCAGAGACCAUUGAGUGUGGAGUUUGCCAGCACCCAUUUCUUGUGAGUUCUUAUUAGAGUUCAGAUAACAUGGAUACAGAUGAAGGUGUCUCUACGUUUCAAGUUCUAAAUUCAAUUAUUUUACCAAUCUAUUAGCUCUUACACAUUAAUUAAUGUAUUGGGAUUGCCUUAUGUUUAUUUUUUUUAUCUUUGGGCUUGUUUCGUGACUAUUCUCUACCUGCAUCGUUUUAUUUUUCUCCUUUUGUCCUUUGAGCUUGUUGUUUAUAUGUUUUUUUAACUUUUCAUCUUCGUUUAUGCUCUUGUAUAAAAUAUACCCAAAUGUAUAGCUAUGUGAAAUUCGUUCUGGUUUGAGCCGAUAUGA